CCUUUGGGGGUUGGGGAAAUUUGUCACUCACUGUAACAGCUGCAAAUUGGUUGGGAACAACCAAGCUAGGUUGGCAAGGGUGGCCAACUUGGAUGGAUUGGUUGGGAAGGGACAAAUGUCAAAGUUGGGGUUCCUAUAGGGAGGGAAUCUUUGUGCUUAUGGGGUUUCCUUGGUUGAGGACUCUCUUGGGACCUUCCCUCUCAUCCCUCUCUUCUAUCCCAACAUUUCUCUUGCUCCUCUAAUUCCUUGUGAGAUUCUUGAACUUUCAUUGAACUCUUGAGAUUGAGUUAAGUUCUCCUCCUACAGCUUACCCCCUAGUGCGUCGAAAGCCAUAGCGUCGCGAAUACUUCAUCAAUCAACGUGAUUCAAAUUGGGAACGGUAGCUGAGAUUAAGAGCUACAACAUAUCCAAGUUUCGCGACAUUCCAACGGCUAGGUUUUUGUCGACGUCGUUUCUUGUGAAGACGACUUUUCUGUCCAGAAUUUCGGAUAUAUAUUUUGAGUAAUUCUAGCUCCUAAGUUCACCUAGACUCCGUCCUUAAUUCUAACAAGUGGUAUCAGAGCUGUAUUAAGGACGUUGAGAGGAGUCUACAGAAGUGUGAAGACCCUUCUAGACCCACCAUGGCCUCAAGAUCAAUGGACACCUGAGUGGCUAAGGCAGCAGAUUCUGCAGGAGGACUUCCGCAGACGCCAUGUGGGAGGCGGUGCUGCCACUAAGACUGCUGAGGGGUAUGGAGCUGCAAGGCGCGGCAGAGGAAGAGGGGGUUGGAGAGGCCGAGGCCGUGGGAGGAGCUUUGGCAGAGGUAGAGGCCGAGGUGACUAUAAUGAGGGGCAUGGGAGCUCCAGUGGCAGGGGGAGUACCAGAAUGGAGGGCACCUGCUGGUACUGCAAGAAGGUCGGGCAUCCUUGGUUCAAGUGCUUCAGCAAGCCGGAGGGAUGGGCACCUCCAGGCAUGAAGCCGCCCAGUGGUGAACGCGCACAAGGUGGCGCUGUGCAAGGCUCAGGUGCACAAGGUGAAGGUGCACAAGGUAAUGCCUAUCCUGGUUUGUUUCUUAUGGUUGAGGAUGUGCAUGGGCAUGAGGGUGAUGUGGGAUCUGUGGGAAAGGUUGUGAUGCACCCUCUCACGCACUGGGUGAUUGAUUCGGGUUGCACCAGUCACAUGACUCCACGGGCAGAUUUGCUUGAUGAGGUAAAACCCCCUGGGAAGAUCAAGUAUGUGGCAGCAGCGUCAGGUGCUUUGCUCCCUGUCAUUGGUGUUGGGAAUGCCAAGGUUAAGGGAGCAAAUGGGGAGCUUGUGGGGCUUGGGAAUGUUCUGCUGGUUGAAGGCUUGUCUGCUAACCUUCUCUCUGUGCGACGACUGCAGAAGAGCAAGGCCGAAGUGACCUUUGGACCAACCAGCUGCCGUGCUAAGCUUGGGAAGAAGGUGCUGUGGAGUCUGGAAGAGGAGACCAGCUGCAUCAAGGACCUGUGGCAGCUGCCCAUCAUCCCAUGGAAUGGGAAGACUCCAACAGCAGCAACGGCAGCAGUGGCAAAGGCAACAGCAGGAGGAGAUGCAACUGCACCAACUGAUGGGGUCCUGGAAGCAGUCAAGAAAGUGCAGCAGCAGCAGACACAUGGUGAGGUGCUUGCUGGUGUGGAUGCGAGUGCGGCAUGGGCUAAGGCUUCAUCAAAGAGUGGAGAGGCCGAUUGGGAGACAUGGCAUGAGAGGCUGUGUCAUGUGAACUUCCCUAUGCUGCAGAAGUUGGUGAAGGAUGGGAGCCUGAAGGGCUUGGAGGUGAAAGGGGGAGUGAAGGAGAUUGGGAGCUGCCCUACAUGCUUGGAGACCAAGUUCUCCAAGUUCCCCUUCAACAGCACUACAGGACCAGCCAAGACCCCACUUGCACUUGUGCACAUGGAUGUGGUGGGGCCCACAAGAGCCCCUUCCCUCUCAGGUAGCCGCUAUUUCUUGACAAUUGUGGAUGACCACACUCGGGCAGUGUGGGUUUACCCUUUGAAGAGCAAGGGGGAGGUGGCAGCGGCUGUCCUUAAGGAGUGGAUGCCGAGAGCUCAGAGGGAAUGCGGACACAAGGUGAAGGUGAUCCGUAGUGACAAUGGUGGGGAGUUCAUUGGAGCUGAUUUUGAGGGGGAGUUGAAGAGGAAGGGGAUCCAACAUCAACUGACAGUGCCCUACAACCCGCAGCAGAAUGGCGUGGCUGAGAGGUUCAACAGGACCCUGCAGGAGGGGGCACGCACUCUCCUUGGGCGUGCAGGGCUGCCUGAUCCGUUUUGGGUGUCUGCACUGAGGCAGGUCGCCCUUGUGAAGAACAGGGUGCUGGCUACAGUUGGAGAUAAGGAGUGGAUCCCAUAUGUCAAGUGGUAUGGGAGUGCUCCAGCUGUGAAUAUGCUGAGGGCAUUUGGGUGCAUGGUAGUGUUUCAUGUGCCUAAGGAGAAAAGGGGGAAGUUGGAGGCUUCUGGAAGAUGGGGUGUGCACUUGGGGAUUGCAAAGGAUCACAAGGGGUGGCUGCUAUGGGACUUGACCACCCAGAAGUUGACAGUGUCAAGGGAUGUGAAGUUUCUUGAGUCCCUGUACUACAAGGAAUGGAAGCAGCAGCAACAGAAGCUUCCAUCUACACCGCUCAUUGUGGAGGCGGAUGAGGUGCAGCGGCCUUCAAGACAGGUAGAGGUUGCAGUGUCAGAGGAGGAGAUGUCUGGGGUGACUGAGGAAGGGGGAGCAGCUGAAGUAGAGCAGCAGCAGCAGCAGCAGCAUGAGUCUCCAUCUCGAGUUCCACACCCGCCUGAGCGACCUAGGAGGGAUGUGCGCCCUCCGGUGAGGCUGACCUAUGGGGGAAGAGGCAAGCCGAAUGUGGUGCAGGCUGGGAGUGUGGUUGAGCAGAUUGAGGAAGAUGAGAUCGCUCACUGCUACUGGGCACCAAUCCCUGAGCCCAAGACUCGAGAGGAGGCCUUGAAUGGACCAAAUGGGGAGAAGUGGAAGGCGAGUGAGGAUGAGGAGUUUGGGUCCCUGAUUGAGAACGAGACAUGGGACCUGUGUGACUUGCCUCCUGGAAAGAAGGCAAUCACUUCCAAGAUGAUCUACAGGCACAAGUAUGGACCUGAAGGGGAGCUGACCCGAUACAAGUCUAGGCUUGUGGCACGGGGGUUUCAGCAGACAAAAGGGAAGGACUAUGAUGAGGUAUUUGCUCCUGUGGGGAAAGGAACAACACUGAGGGUGCUGUUGGCGAUAGCUGCACUCCUGGGAUGGAAGAUACGGCAGAUGGACAUUGUGACUGCCUUUCUGAAUGGGAUCAUUCUGGAGGAGGUGUACAUGAAGCAGCCAGAGGGGCUGGAUGAUGGGAGCGGCAGGGUCUGCAGGCUGAAGAAGGCAAUCUAUGGCCUUAAGCAGGCGCCUCGUGCAUGGUAUCACAAGUUGGAGGAGGCGCUGGUGGCUGGGGGUUUCAAGAAGAGUGAGUGUGACCCCAGCCUGUUCCUGCUGCAGGAGAAGGACGAAAUCCUCAUGCUCUUGGUGUAUAUGGAUGAUAUCCUUCUCUUUUCUGCAUCCACUGCUUUGCUGGACAGCGCAGAGCAGAUGCUGGAGAUGCAGUUCAAGUGCUCCAAGAUGGGUGAGGCGAAGUACUACUUGGGGAUGCAUGUGGAGAGAGAUGUGGAAAAGGGUGUGCUGAGGUUGCACCAGAGGAAGUACUGUGAGGGGCUGGCUGAGAAGUAUGGGCUGCAAGAUGGGGGAAAGCCAGCAACACCACUACCUUCAGGGUUUACUGUGGAGCCAUGUGCUGAUGAGGAGGUAGUGGGUGAGAGUGACAGGAAGCUGUUUCAUUCGAUGGUUGGGUCGCUGAAUUAUGCUGCAAAUCAUACACGGCCUGACAUUGCAUUUUCUACAUCACGGUUGGCUAGUGUGGUCUCACGCCCUAGUCAUGAGCAGCUGGAAGCGGCCAAGAGGUUGGUCCGCUAUGUGAGUGCUACGGCAUCAGUGGGAUUGGAGUACAGUGGAGUGAGGCAGCGGUUGCAGAGAGGUGCUGCAGAUGUGAAGAGUGGUGAGAUGCUCUUGAGUUGCUAUACUGACGCUAGCUUCAACUCAGUGAAAGCGGAUGGCACCAGCAUUGGGGGUUAUGUGUGCUUGCUAGGAGGUGGUGCUGUGAGCUGGCGCAGCAAGAAGCAGAAUGAGGUGGGAUUGACUUCAUGUGAGACUGAGUACAUGGCCUUACACCAUGGGGCCAAGGAAGUGGUAUGGCUGAGGCGUUUGUUGGAGGAGUUGGGAGUUGGUCAGGAGGAGCCGACAGUUGUGUUCUGUGACAAUGAGUCUGCUGUGAAGCUCGCCAAGAAUGCUUGUCUGCAUGGGCUGACAAAACACAUAAGGCCUAAGUGGCACUGGGUGAGGAGACUCCUUGAUAAGGAGCUGCAAAUUGGUUGGGAACAACCAAGCUAGGUUGGCAAGGGUGGCCAACUUGGAUGGAUUGGUUGGGAAGGGACAAAUGUCAAAGUUGGGGUUCCUAUAGGGAGGGAAUCUUUGUGCUUAUGGGGUUUCCUUGGUUGAGGACUCUCUUGGGACCUUCCCUCUCAUCCCUCUCUUCUAUCCCAACAUUUCUCUUGCUCCUCUAAUUCCUUGUGAGAUUCUUGAACUUUCAUUGAACUCUUGAGAUUGAGUUAAGU